AUGGAGCCUGAUUUGGAACGAAUCAGCACACCAGAAGCUACCAAGAAAAGACGGCAGCACAAAAAGAACGAGGCGGAUGCCGCUCGUGCUCGGCGUGAGCCGCCUGUGUUCGUGCCGUUUUGUGCAAGUGACAUAGCUGAUGCAGAAGUGUCUGGUGAAACGGUGCAGUGUGUCGGGGUCCACUACUUGGUGGAGUUCGCAGAGUCGCUGCAAAGUGCUCCGGAUGCGUGUGCGGCCGGUGAGUUGGCUUCGCAUCACGAUGCGUGGAUGUCUCGACCUUUGCGACGACGGGACCGGGAAGCCCAGGACUCGCAACUUGGGAAAGGUUCAGCCGGCCAAUUUUGUAAGCUGCACGUCGCCAAUGUGUUUCACUUCCCGGCCCGGCGGUGCAUUUUGCGAAAGCAAGAUGCAUUCCCCGGCAAGCAGAUCGUGAAACAGCAACCUGUGUCCGAACACUGCCGACAGCAUAUGAGAGCCUGCGGGGCUCCGCAGGAAUUGUUGAGACCUCGGCGCUCGGUGAGUUUUUGGAAGGUGCCGGUUGCAAUUCUCGACAGUUUGAGAGCCCGUGAACUUGUUCUUGCUGUACCUAAAGGGGUUUGUCGGAGCAUGGGGUUUCGGACGUUUUCCGAAGAGCCCAUUGCAGAGUCUGAGUCUGCUCCGUCUGCUCCUCCUGAGCCUCAGCCUCCUUCCGUGCCAUCCCUGCCUCUGCAGCCUGCAAACACUGUAGGCCCCGCUGAGGCAGGGGACACUGAAGAGGCUCCUGAUGGUGCCGGUGUAGGGGACGAUUUAGCGGAUCUUCUUUGGGAUGUGCAGGUUUCGACAAAAGGCAAGGCCAUCCGAAGGCGCCCCAUGACCGAGAUUCUGAUGGGAAAACUCUGCUAUUCCUUGAGCUCCACAGCGGCCGUGGCUGAGGUGGUGCAAACUGUGCUUCGAAUGAUGGAUGUGCUGGCUGAGAACACGAACCAAGAAGACGUGAAUCCCUCCAAGAGCCACGUGCGAACGAUUCUCGUGAAGUUUUUGUCGGCAGACAGCAGUCCGCAAGCAAACUACGACUACUUCCUGGUCACAGAAGAACUGAUGACUAGAGACAGUGUCCAUCGUGUGCCAGUGGAUGCAAGCGGGCAAGUAGAUCCGUGGAGAGGGUUCGCCGUGGAACGGAGGACCAUGGUAGUGACCACCAUCGCUCGAGGUGAGAGCUCGGCAGCUCUGAAAACCAUGCGAGUUCUGCACAUCAUAUGCCUGGAGAACACAGCGGUUGCUCUCCCACAGUACAGAGGCGAAGUGAGAGGUUUCUUGUCGGAUCAGGGGACGGAGCGGUUGAUCUGCAAAUACCCCUUAGAUACUGCAGCCAACGUCAGGGAGGCAGUGCGGGGAUUUGCCAGGGACACAGGAGCUGCCGCCGCCGCCGCCGCACAUGAGAGGGUGCGAGCACUACCUUUUUUUCCGGAAGCCUUGGAAAUACCUGGUUCUUUGCACGUGGUGUUCAACAACCUGGAGGCUGUAGUGAAGAGUGUACCUGAGUUUGAGGUACUGCACAAGCAGCUGAACACGGUGUGCAGGCUGCUCACACCCCGCAGCUACCAAGAAGUAGUCGAGGUCAAGAUGCUCGAUGCGGGGGCGGGCACAGCAGCAGACAAGCAGGCGUUGCAUAGCUUCCGCGACAACCUCCUCGAAUGGCGAUGGGACAGUUUGCAUCGUGUCCUGAGCCAGUGGGCCCCUCUUCGGUUGGUGCUGCCGAGGCACUGGAGGCCAGAGGAAUUUGGCUCCGAUGUGCAGAUCGCAAAGCAGAUCACGGAGAUUCUUGAAGAUGGCAUGCAUGGUUGGAUGGUUGUGUGGGCUGGGAAGUUCGCGGAGGCGGCAACCCGGCUUGCACAUUGGAUCGAGGGUUGUUUCUGUCACGAACAUAUAUUGGUUUCCCAGCCAGCCUCCAAGCGACGAAAAACAACGAUGGAAGAAACUGGAUCUGGCACUUGUUGCUGGAAGGGGAAGAGGCUUCCAGAGCUGGCCUGCGGGAAGAUGACGGACCUCAUCCAAUACUUUACAAACCAGGCCCGCACAGAGUACAUCUCGGAGAUGCUCGCUGCACCGGCUGAUGUCCGAGCACGUGUUACGGCGAUAGAUGCACUCGCGACAGAGCAACUUCGCGUGGUCCUCGAGCAGAAGUUUGCAUAUGCACAGACCAUCCCUUGGGUGGCCGCCAUUUCGGAAGGCUUUCGUCAGUAUUCCCAGGCGACAACAGGUGGUGCUUUUGUGGAUGCAGUGUCCUUUCGAGCCUUUUCCGGUCAGACGUUGGAAAGCCGGCAGCUGAAAGCUUUUGCAGACUCGGAGUUGCCCCUGCGCCAUUAUGCCGAGGCGUGGACCCUGGUGCAAGAGUAUUCUUUCUGCAGCCUCGCGGAGCGAGGCACAGAGAGACAGCACUCCGAGAUUCGCAACGCUGCGAGGAGAGGCCAGCGAUAUGCCGGCCCUGCGGUUGUUGCGAGCCGGAAGCGAGAGAAGCAGGUCGUGGCCAUGAUUGGUGAUCCCCAGCAGCUGCAGUUUCUUGUAGCACACUGGCGUGAUAGGCUGAUCUUUGAACAACUGCUUGAGCAUUGCUUGCCGAAGCAAACAGUCAGGCGAAUGACACUUGUGCAGAGAUUGGCGAAGGUGUAUGCAUACCACCCAGACCAGCACUUCAUGGACGUGAGCGAGGAGGCAACUGCCCAGGCCGUGUACCAAAAGGCGUUGCUGGAUGCCUCGGCUGCUGCCCGCACGGAAGACUCCGUGCCGUUGAAGCUGGACCCAGCCCCUCAUCAGAUUGUGCACUUCCUGAAGAGCCAUCUCCGGAACGGCAGCCUGGUGUCUCUGGGUGAGGAGGCCUUCCAGCUUGCCCUCCGCUACACACCCAGGCAGCCGGAAGAGGAGGCAGAUGUGCCACGCAAGGAGAUGCUGUCUCAGGACUCGUGGCUGAGCUUGCGAACAGAAAUGGUCGUGCCAGCAGUUUCCUUGGAUCCGUACUUUUUCACGGUGCUGCAUGCUCGACCCGAGCAGCGGAAGGAUGUUCGGGCGGAUCGGGGCCGCAGCAAAAGCAGCAUACUUGUGAUGUUGCACACACAUGUCCGAGUUCUGUCGGACACAGAAGUGCGGGUACAGUCCAGCGGGAACAGGCAAGAGUUUCUGGAGCUGGCGAGCUUCUGUAACCAAGCACGGAUGCAGGUGUUCAUGCAUUCGUGCCGGGUUUGGACUCCGAGGGCUUCCGACGUCAGCUUGCACGUGUUGACUGCAGGUGCAUGCCGGCAACCAGACCUCGUGCCCAUCCCAGAUUUCACCCAGGAUCAUGAGCCCGCCACAAGCUUCAGCAACCAGCUUCGGCGGAGGCAGGCCGACAUGCAGGUCGUCGAACACGACCCGGAUCGUGUACGAAUUUCUGCUGAAGCCAUUGUCCUCCUGAAGGCCGAGGAGGAUCUGUUGCAUGAGCUUCUUCGUCACGGGGCUUUGGGAGGGCGUCAUGUUUCGGUGGAUGAUUUGUCGGAAUUCAAUGCUGCUGCUGUUCAGAGACUGCAACAACAUGGCAUUCUUUCGGGUGAAGAGGGGGCCUUCGGCGACUUGACCCUGAGCAUCGCCAGCAGCCUGCAGCUGCUGCCCGAAUGCACAUGGUCCGAACCAUUGUCGAUCUGGGAAUUGAGCCACUUCUUCUUAACCCGGGGAAAGGUUGCCCUGACAUCCAAAAUAGAAUAUUUCAGUUCUUUGAGUGGCACUGCCGUGAUGCCAGAGUUGCCUGCUCAGGGUCUUGGCAUGUCGUUGCCAUAUCUUCGCUGCUUGCUGACUUCUGUGUUGUUGUGGCAGAAGCCGGGCAACCUCCAGCGAAUCUUGGUGAACGGGCCUUCGAAGUACUAUGAGUACCUCAUGAGCUCGGUCGACCUGUCUGCAGUGGCAAAGUUGACGGCUGAAGAAAUUAGGAAGAAGUUUGCGGGCGCCCGCAAAGCACGUGCCACGGAUGCUGUGGACAUGGCCUUGGACAACGACCCAGAGCAAGAGGACGGGUAUGAGGUACUGGCCGCUGCUGCUGCGGGUGUCGCAGCAGGUAGCGAGGUGCCUCAGUCCGAUCCGGAGCUCUUGCAGUUGAACAUGCCCAAGGAAAGCAGCAGAGCCAUCGUCGUGAAUGGCCGGAGCUGCCACGUGUAUUUUGACAAUUACACCCAUGCCUCCGGCCAGUUGCGAGCUUUUGUGCAGUGUGACAGACAUACCAACUGCAGGUUGUAUGUCUUUGUGCACAAGGUGCGUGGCAAGGGUCGUGCUGUUGCCUACCUGCAGCGUUGGUUGCAGGAGGCCUCAGCCUAUCCUGGUCUAAAUGGCGACAGGCACAAACAAUACAAACCGCCAGACACUGAUGUAGAUGCCCUCUGGUUAGCCCAGGCCGUUGCUCAGUAG